AUGAUGGCCUUUAGCUUCUGGCGCGUGGGACUGGCGCUGUUAGUGACAGUAGCUGCGUUCUUACUGUCACGACCUGUGAUUGAAGUGCUGCUUCAUACAAUUCGUUCUCGUCUCGACAAGCACGUACUAUGGAUUGCGGAUGUACAGCGUUAUAUGCUCACGUAUAUCUGGUGGACUUUAUUCUUGAUUCUGGUGCGCGAUGUCGUUGCUCGAUCGAUUUUAGAUCUUGGUAGCGAAGAGGACGAGGUCUUGCAAUAUCUCGGUUACCUCCUGGCCAUUCCGCUAGCACUUGGCACGUUUGCCAUGCGAAAAGUCAUGACGAAUCUUUUUGUCCGAUACUUCAAGUGGGACCGUUACUCGGCGGACUAUGAUGCACGAAUUUUUGUCAUCACCGAAUCAAUCAAGUUUGUGUGUGUCGUCUUCGUAUUGAUGGAGAUUUUUUACAUUUUUUUCCUUUCAAAUUCCGUCAUGCGCUCUUUGCUUGUCGUGGGGAUUUUAAGUGUCGAAUUAAUUGCUGUUUUGUCUGGGUUUACAGUGCUAAAGAAUGUAGCAAUGGGACUCUUUCUUAUCUUUGCCGAACCUUUUCGAACGGGUAGUGAGGUUAAAGUUCGACGGAUGUUGGGAUUUAUCGAUCGAGUAUCACUUGCUAGAACGACGAUACGACGUACGGAUGGAUCGAUGAUUUUUGUACCAAAUGGCAUCUUUGCUGAUAAUUACCAGACCAGCGGUAAUGCCUUGGAAGCUCACACCCAUUCAAUUAUGCUGCGGUUACAUCCUGCUACACCUGCUCAUAAGAUAACGGAGCUUUUGCACGAGUUGGAAGCGGUACUGCCGACAUUUGCUCUCACGGCCCAAGCAGUUGCUGCUCUACGCAGAGAUCACCGCGAGGCUUAUACCAUCCAAUCGAGAAGUGCUAGUAGUUUGAGUGCAAGUGCUGGAAGUGACGAAAGCGUUUUGAGAGACCAGUGCCAAUCAAAUGCAAGCAGCAACGCUAACGCUGGCAUAUCUCGUACGCGCUUACGAUCCAGCGCUAACUCUAGCGCGUUUGACGCAACUGGCCGGCCAAUUUCACCGCCUCCUCCACCUGUCCGCGUUGAGCUUUACGCAAUGUAUAAGGUGAAAGUGACUGUACUUAUGGAUCGUGAACGAUUUAGCACGCUUGAAAAAGCAAAGACAGAGGUGAAUCUUGCGAUUAUUGACACGACCCAACGGCUGGGUGUCAUCGCGCAGCAACAGAUCACGGAUUGCCGAUGA